AUGACUUAUGAUACCAUCGGUUGCGAUAGUAAUCAACAGGUCUUUGUGGACAGUCUGCAAGUGAUUGACAAAAUCAAUGUCAAAUUGCGCCAAUUGAGCAGGGUGCACUUGAUCCACACAUUGCAAUUUUGCGCUGAUUUUGAUAUCAAAGACUAUAAAGAUGUGAUAAACUCACGAAACUUUACGGGAAAAGUAGUUUUGGUGACCGGGAGUAGCUCUGGAAUCGGGGAGGGAAUCACAAAACUGUUCUCUAUAUUAGGGGCCAAUGUUGUGGUCACCGGUAGGCGAAAAGCGGAUGUCCAGAGAGUGGCCAAAGAGGUGCGGGAGUUAUCGCCAAAGAAACUAAAGCCAUUAGAAGUGGUCGGAGAUCUCACCAAAAGUGAUUUCAUACCGACACUGAUCGGCAAUACUAUCAAAACAUUUGGCAAAUUAGAUGUAUUGGUGAACAACGCGGGUAUCAUAACGACAGCAAACAUCACCCAAAAAGACUUAAUGCGUGUCUGGGAUCAGGUCUUCAACAUAAACCUGAGGGCAGUCGUCGAACUGAUCCACGAAUCGGUUCCGCAUUUGGAGAUCACUAACGGAACGAUCAUUGAUAUGUCGAGUUUGGCCGGAAUAGCGCCGUUUGCCCAAACACUGGCCUACGGGCCCGCAAAAGCCGGUUUAGAUAUGAUUACUAGAGUAUUGGCCCUCGAAUUGGGACCCAAAGGCAUUCGUGUCAAUAGUAUAAAUCCCGGGUGUAUACAAACAACUGACAUACCGAACCCAAUAUAUGAUACAGCAAAGACGGUGACACCACUGAAACGAUUGGGACAACCAUUAGAUAUCGCCAAAGGGGUGGUAUUCCUCGCCUCAAGUGAUGCCUCAUUCAUAACCGGCGCUAAUCUGGUGGUCGACGGCGGACUCGUCUAUAAUAUGGGUGUAUUUAAUACGGUAAGCAUGUGGAUGUGA